AUGGCGCAAACUCUCGAUUUGGUGCCGUGGCCCCGGGAUGCUUCCCCCACCUAUGCUGCCCCGGCGAUUCUAGUCCCGUUGGAGCCCAGAAAAACCAUGUUGGCCGGAGUGAAGAACUGCCUAUAUCACCCACUUCUGCCCACGCUGCGGCGAAUGGAUUUGGAUACCGUCGCCCACAGGCUUUCAGAUGAACACUCUAGGACGGUCACUGCCUGCUCCAAAGAGGAUUUUGACAAUGCAACGUUCACCCUGGCUGGAGUGCCCAACCAGCGCCUCCCAUCCCUGGGGAUGACGGAGCUGGGCAGAACGCUGACUGAGAAGUACAGAGCAGGAAAGAUGGCUCCUCUCAUGCCCAGUACGAAUCAGGAAGAGUGGCCAAGCUACACCCGGGCCAUGUCCGACUGGUCCCACUUCGUCUCUACCGCCGGAGAAUUCAAACUACCCAGUUUUCGGAAAAAAGUUCUUGGAUUCAGCUGUUAUGCUGUGAGAUACUUAAAACCCGAUGUCACCCAGACCUGGCGGUACUGCCUCAAUCAGAAUCCCAGCCUGGAUAUGUAUGGACCAAAGCCGAUCCCCUACAACACCAUGAAUACUUUCAGGAGUUUUGGAUCAGCACACAGCCGUUCCCACUACCUCCAGCCCUGGCGCUAG